CGUGACUACACUAUUGAACUUUUUUUUGUUGUAUGUAUCAACCUAAACUACACUUACCAGAUUUUCAUGUCAUCUAUUUUUAUCAUUCUUCUGUAAUCGAUUUUCUAAAACUACUCACGCAAAUUAUACUCAAUUUAUCAAGCAUUAUACAAUCUGAUUAGGAUUACUUAUUUGUUUGUAUCCCUAACUCGAAGCAUAGUGGCGGAAUCUCUCCAAUGUAUGACAUCUGUACUGCCGAAGCAUGAGAAGAAGAGAUGAAGACAUCCUCAGUUCGUCAUCGCGCAAGGAGAUGGGGACGAGCUGUAGAUAGGAAUUUUAUGAGCCUACUACAACUUGUCAAAUACACCGCCUUACAAACUACUGACUAGAAGCUCCUCUUGUGAAAAUAGCGGAACAAGAUGAACUUUCCCUCUGCUUACGAUCUAUGCUUGUUCCCCGAGUACUUUAUACUAGGGACAUUGUCAUAUGAAAUGAAAGAAUGCUUUCUGUAUGUACGCGGGACAUCAUUUGGUUUCCUUGCAGAUUUGACCUCCAAGAGCCCCCCUGUGAACAAUCUGCACCAGUCUCGAACGAAAAGACGGGUGCCAAAUUCACGAACCUUUUUCCUGAAUCAAAAGGAAAUUACCACCCGCGACAUACUAAAAAUUCAUGAUACAAAUUCGCAUGACGAUGACCAACAUCGCAUAGGUAUCAGGGAAAUAUGCUUGCUUGCUGGUGUCUGCAGGGUGGUCCUCGGCGGGUGUUGAGGAAGACGCAGAUUUAUUAGGUAAAGCAAUUUUUCGCAGCGUGUUUUUUCGGGCGGAGU